AUGUCUACCCCACUCCUCCUCGAGGAUUUCCUGAAGCAGAAAUUGCCCAGCUCAGACCGGAUCCACCUCCGCACAUCCGUCCUCCCCACCCUCCUCAACUCAAUCACAAGUGUCGCGCAAUGCCUGCGCGACUCCCAGGACAUACAAGCAGCAGGUAGCCAAAACACAUCCGGCGACCACCAACUCAACGUCGACCUCGCCACCAAUGAUAUCAUUCAUGCCGCAAUCCGCACCUGCCCCUCCAUCAUCUCCGCCUCCAGCGAAGAAGAUGAAGGCGAGAACGCCGUGCAGCACAACAGCAACAUUUCUCCUCACGACUCCACGCAAGAACAGUACUCCGUAGCUUUCGAUCCUCUGGACGGCAGUUCCAUUAUCCCCGCAAAUUGGAGCGUCGGCACCAUCAUCGGGAUCUGGGACAGCUCCACGGCGCUCAACCAGCGCGCUUCGUCGAAGCAAGUGGCUGCGAUCCUAGGCGUGCUUGGUCCGCGGACUACAGCUAUUGUCGCAAUCCGGCUUCCCUCCUCCCCUGAUUCUCCACUAUGCUUCGAAGUCGGGCUGUCAAGCUCCACGCAGGACAUCCUCGUCAUCCGCGAAAAUGUGCAGUUUAAGAGCGCUGAAGAAGUUAAGACGCGCUACUUCGCGCCCGCGAACCUGCGCGCUGCGGCACAGGAUGCAGCGUAUAAGAAGCUGAUUGAACAUUUUAUCGAGAAGGAGUAUACGCUUCGGUACUCGGGUGGGCUGGUGCCCGAUGUGUAUCAUGCGUUUGUGAAGGGGCAUGGGGUAUACGUGUCGCCUGUGACGGCGAAGAGUAAAGCGAAGCUACGCGUGCUGUAUGAAGUUGCUCCUAUUGCGCUGAUUGUGGAGUGUGCGGGGGGACGGGCUGUUGAUCCUGCUACGGGGCGAGAUAUAUUGGAGAAGGAGGUAAGAGAUGUGGACGAUAGGAGUGGGCUGGUUUGUGGGACGAGGGAAGAGGUAGAUAUGGUGGUGAGGAUGUUGAGAGGGCAGUGA